CGUGCCGCAUCGGCUUAACGGGGCGGGACUAUUGCGGAAGCGACGGGCUGGCUCAGCAGCCAUUGAUGCGCUUUAUUUCUAAGAGGACAAACCGAGAUUAAUUCCUCCAUAUUCGCUGUUUGCGUGGACAGGAGCCAUGGUGUCUCACUCUCUCGCCCUGCCGAUGAUCUGCUUCACCACGCUAUGGGCUCUGGUGGGCGUCGUGGCUCCGUUCUUAGUGCCCAAAGGACCCAACCGGGGUGUGAUUGUCACCAGUCUCAUCCUCACUGCAGUCUGCUGUUACUUGUUUUGGUUGGUAGCCAUUCUGGCCCAAGCCAACCCUCUGUUUGGCCCUCAGCUGAAGAAUGAAACUAUAUGGUAUCUGCGCUACUUCUGGGAGUAAACAAGGACUGUGUGACGUGAUCAUCAUUCCUAUCCCGUGGUUGGCUGGACUUUAUUUCAACAUAACUCCUAAACAUUAAACAUUCCCACACACACACAAUCUGCAGAACUGAUGAAACGAGUCAGUUUUCUUUGCAACCUUUGGAAAUAUUUACAUUAAUGCACAGCACCUGGAAUUGAACAUUUAGAGUUUGGUUUUAAAGCAAGAAUUAUUCAUCUUGUGAGCCCAAUACAACACACACAGUCUAAAGUUGUGACUUGUGAACAAUUUAAUAAUGAGGAAAGCACUGAGCAACAUCGUCUGUUAGGAGUAGAUACUAAUCUCCCCUCUUUGAAAUGUGCAAUCUUUAGUUUACUUUGUGUGUGUUUACAUUUUUGUUUUUGUGUCGCUGCCAUCAGGGAACAUGAAUUUCUAAGUAUUUGUAUUUAUUUGGCCGGCGGACACUGAUGUAAGCGCGUUGUGAUUACCUCAGUGUCCACACGGUCUUGUUAUAUAACUGUUAUUAUCUGUGAUGUAAUGGUGUGUGUGAGUGUGAGAGUGUGUGUGAAGAGUUCAUUACUGUGAGUGCUUGGACCGCGGCCAUGAGAAUCUCCCGAAACCAUAAAAGUGAAGAGCGAUUCCCUCCACUUUAGACCACUUCAGCAUGAAACUCCCUCCCACACUCCCCUCAUGCUCUACACCGCGGAGGUUCUCGUUGCCAUGGUGAUCUCAUCGCCCAAUUCAGUCCCUUUCCACUCGACCCCUUUUGAUGAAAUCCUGCCCAUUCUCGCCUGCUUGUGUACAGAUGUACUGUAGGUUGUACUGUAGGGACAUGUUUUUGGAUUGAGCUGCUGGUAGCUGCUGAUAGAUUUGGUGAUAAUAUCUACUAUCUGUAAAUCUUUUAAUCCGCACCCCCUCCUCCCACCACCCAAAAAAAAUCCUUCCCAAGUAUUUUCCCAUAUAAUCAGCCUUUACAGCAAACUCCUCAUUUAAACUUCAGCCAAAGAAUUCUCUCGGGGUUAGGAACUCUUUAAAGCAGAGUGACCCCUCACAUCUUUUCAGAAGCAGAGAAGUAGCAGCUCUUGGAGUGCAUUCACACCAAAUUCGGCGUUGGCAGCAAAAAAGCCACUCCUCCCAUUCAUUUGAAUGUGGGUAGUUCAUCCAGGCUGCAGUGACAGGGCCGCAGUGGGGGCCAAAAAAAAAAAAAAAGUGCAGUGAAAAGUAGAAUCAGAAUCAACUUGUGGAGAAACAACCCAGCGUCCCGCCAGACCAUACAUGGAUUCAUUUACUAGGAAACAAAGCAAUGAGCAAAGUAUGUUGAACAAAAGAUGAAUUCACUGAAUGUUUUACAGACUGUUUUAGUAGCUGCAAUCUGUUGGAAACCCCCUUCACAUCAGUGGUGGGUGCCACUGUGUGGCUCAUGUAGGAUAUUUAAUCAAAGGCCAACAUUGUCCCAGUAUAUCAUGUCAAAGUGUGGUCAAACCCCAGUUUGUAGUUGCUGUUUAUAGGGCUGCAUAUUUAUGUAGUGGGUUUCAGGGAUGGAACCAAACACUGGGGGCUCAGCCUGAAUCCAGGGGGGGCGGGGGCAUCUGAGAUUUUUCCCUAUUUACGGCAGCUAUAUGCACUAUUUUUGAAAACAUUAGAGAUGAUAAAAUGACUAAAAUUGUGUACAUCAUGUGGGAAAAAUCAUCCUGUAGAGCCUACAUCCUGUUCUGUAUCUUGUUGUUCAAAACAAACAACACAUGUUGAGGAUGACUCAU